UUUUUUUUUUCGCUUCAUUCUUCAACUCAGCCAGCUCGUAGUCGGCUUUAUUUUUAUUUUAUACCUUUAAGGCGGAAUUAUUUGUCUUAAUUAACAAUUUUAAAUAAUUAAUAAAAAUAACAAACAACAAAACAAAAAUCAAUAUGGUUGAACCAAAGUCCUCGAAAAACAAAAACACCGAAAGAUCCUUCCCUUUGAGCAGAGUAAGAACAAUAAUGAAAAGUUCCGUGGACACAGGAAACAUUUCCAAUGAAGUUCUAUUUGUUGUUGAAAAGUCUGCAGAAUUAUUCAUUCAAAAACUGGCAAAAAGCGCUUACAAAAAUUGCAAACAAGGCAACACACUUCAAUACGAACAUCUAUCGUCGUAUGUGAGUAAAGAUGACUCUCUAGAAUUCCUGCUUCAAAUUGUACCCGAGAAGAUCACAGUAAAGGAAUUUAAGGAAAUUAUCUCACAAGAAAAAGAAACUGAUGAAUCGUCAUCCGAAAGUGAAGAAGAAUCUCAACCGGUGGUGAAGAAAAAAACACCAAAUAAGAAGUAGUAACGAACGUAACCAAAAUAAAGUCGUUUAGGAUAGUAUUUUUGAUAAAUAAAAUAAAGAUAUUAAAACAAGAA